AGUAACAUUGAGUUUUCAAUUGACUUUCAAGUUUGAAAACCAAAUGUUUGAUUAACUCUAUUCGCCACAUCCGAUUCUGAUAACUUUAUGUAUCUUUCGGUGUUAGGAGGAAACUUGGGAAGAAAUUCAAUACUGCUGUGGUGAUGAUUCGUGAAGAAGAAGUGAAGAAAGCAGUAAGCUUUUUAGAGCAUCCCCAAGUAAAACCUACUGCGGGGCAAAGAAAGCUAGACUUUUUAAGAAGGAAGGGAUUAACUGAUGAGGAGAUAAGAGAAGCCUUUCAAAGGGCAGGGCAAACAUAUCCAGAAGAUACUUUUUCCGGAAAUGCUGAAGUUGAAAAGUUGGAUUCAGCUGCAAAGACGACAACAGUACCUGACAGUGUACCUAAGAGUUUUGCACCAAAUGAAAAUACCCCCAGUCAACAAAUUGCUCAAGUUCCUUCAGGAAAAGUAAACUCCAAUAAUUUUUCUUCCAAUCAGUGGACGAUGGCACAACCAGGAGGAGGAGGAGUUUGGGUUCCUCAACCUUUUGCAUAUGUCACUCCUCAAGUUACAAGUCCACAACAGCCUCAACAAAAAGAGCGCUCUUGGUCUGUUGGUAACGUAUUUCUAGGAGCAGGUGCUGCCGCAGGACUUUUUUUAGCUCUAAGAGAACUGUUGAGAAAGUAUGUCGUGCCACUUUAUUUUCCUGAAGCACGGUCGCGAGACAUUGGUAAACAGAAACUGUUCCGAGAAGAUGAAAAGGAUGAGGGAAGAAAGUACUUGGAGCAACAAGUUGAUGAGUUGAAAACUUCGGUGAAAAACCUCGUGAAAGCUACCGAAAGAAAUAAUGAUAUGAUAGAAGAACUCAUUCAUAACUCAGAACGUCAAACACGACAAGAAUUAGUUGAAGUUGUCAACUGUCUUAAAUCCGUUGUUUCUGGCAUGCAAGUACUAAAAGAUACCAUUCAUUUGGAAGUUUCCCAGUCAGGGAAUAAAAGGCAUCAAGAUAACUUAGCGAUUUCAAAUGGUAUGCAAAGUUAUCAAAGAGAAGAGGAUUUGGUUCGCACCAAGUCAGAAAAGGAAGUGUGGCGUUCGAAUAAGAAUUGGUUGGUUGGAGAGGAGGACGACUAUUCAUUGGAUGCAAAUGGUAUUGGAACCCAAAUAUUUUCAAAUAAGAUACGGGAUCCAGGCAUCAUGGAUGAUUUCAUGUCAAUUCCUCCGGCUUCUGUAGAAGAAUUGGUUCCGAAAGCUAAGGAAAUACCGAACGUCAUGUAUACAGUCAAUGAUAUCCAAAGCAAUUCAACCAAAAAGGAGGAAAAAGAAGAAGAAUAUAACAAGGCAACCAUGAGUGGAUCGCAAAAGACUAUUGAAAAUAUGCCAAAUGGAACUUUGGCAGCACAAUCAUUGGACGAGGAAAAUGCUAAGAAAGCAUUUCAACAAGCGAUGUUGGCAGAAGCAAGAGCCGCACUUCAAAGAAGAAGCCAUACUCAUUCGAGUUCUCGUUCAUCACCUGCUCGUUCUGUAGAUAGUGACCGUCAGAAUACUGACAAAGAGUUGAAGAGAGAAUCAGACAAUAUUACAAUCGAUAAUACCACAUAGAGAAGACUAUCUUUGUCUAUUUGCAAAUGUAUUUGAAA